AUGGAGGUAGGAUUGGAAGUAGGAUUGGAGGUAGGAUUGGAAGUAGGAUUGGAGGUAGGAUUGGAAGUAGGAUUGGAGUGCCUGCAUCUUACUUGUCAAUUCGUUCUAUCCCAUGAUGCUGCCUGCGUCUCUCUGUUCGUCCAAGACGAACGGGUUAUUGGACGCACAGAACGUGCCCAAACGCGUGACAUAUUUGAAUACGUGACAUUUGAUAUGUCUGAAUUUAUUUUUUCCCGUGUUAACGAACGGGCUACUGGACGCACAAAAGGAACCGAAACACGUGACAUUUGUUUGCCUGCACUUCUCUGUUCGUCCGACGACGAACAGGUUAUUGGACGCACAGAACGUGACCAAGAACGUGAGAAUCGACUGAGCAGUACUUGUGAAUACGUUUUUUCGCAUGAAGGUGCCUGCACUUCUCUGUUCGUCCGAGACGAACAGGUUAUUGGACGCACAGAACGUGACCAAGAACGUGAGAAUCGAUCGUGCAGUACUUGUGCAGAAACAAAUGUGCAUGCAACUGCCGGUGGUUCUCUGUUCGUCCCAGACGAACUGAAUAUUGGACGCACAAAUCACACCCAAGAACACAAUAUUCGAUCGUGCAGUACUUGUGCAGAAACAAAUGUGCAUGCAACUGCCUGUGGUUCUCUGUUCGUCCCAGACGAACUGAAUAUUGGACGCACAAAUCAAACCAAGAACGUGAGAAUCGAUACUUGUGCAGAAACAAAUGUGCAUGCAACUGCCGGUGGUUCUCUGUUCGUCCCAGACGAACUGAAUAUUGGACGCACAAAUCACACCCAAGAACACAAUAUUCGAUCAUGCAGUACUUGUGCAGAAACAAAUGUGCAUGCAGCUGCCUGCACAUCUCUGUUUGUCCCAGACGAACAGAAUAUUGGACACACAAAUAAAACCCAAGAACACAAUAUUCGAUUGUGCAGUACUUGUGCAGAAACAAAUCUGCAUGCAGCUGCCUGUGGUUAUCUGUUCGUCCCAGACGAACUGAAUAUUGAACACACAAAUGAAACCCAAGAACACAAUAUUCUAUUGUGCAGUACUUGUGCAGAAACAAAUGUGCAUGCAACUGCCUGUGCUUCUGUGUUCGUCCCAGACGAACAAAAUAUUGGAUGCACAAAUCAAACCCAAGAACGCAAUAUUCGACUGCCUGUGUCUCUCUGUUCGUCCACGACGAACAGGAUAUUGGACGCACAAAAUGUGCCCGGAUACGUGACAUUUGAUGCGUGUGUUUCUCUGUUCGUCCAAGACGAACGGGCUAUUGGACGCACAAAAGGAACCCAAACACGUGACAUUUGUAUUAUUGGACGCACAAAACGUGACCCAGAACUACUUGUGCAGAAGCAAAGCUGCAUGCAAGUGCCUGCGCUUCUGUGUUCGUCUGCGACGAACAGGAUCUUGGACGCACAAAACCAGCCUACGAACCUGAGCAGUACUUGUGAAUACGUUUUUUCGCAUGAAGGUGCCUGCACUUCUCUGUUCGUCCGAGACGAACAGGUUAUUGGACGCACAGAACGUGACCAAGAACGUGAGAAUCGACUGAGCAGUACUUGUGAAUACUUUUUUUCGCAUGAAGGUGCCUGCACUUCUCUGUUCGUCCGAGACGAACAGGUUAUUGGACGCACAGAACGUGACCAAGAACGUGAGAAUCGAUCGUGCAGUACUUGUGCAGAAACAAAUGUGCAUGCAACUGCCUGUGGUUCUCUGUUCGUCCCAGACGAACUGAAUAUUGGACGCACAAAUGAAACCCAAGAACACAAUAUUCUAUUGUGCAGUACUUGUGCAGAAACAAAUGUGCAUGCAACUGCCUGUGCUUCUGUGUUCGUCCCAGACGAACAAAAUAUUGGAUGCACAAAUCAAACCCAAGAACGCAAUAUUCGAAACAGCACGGGCAGUUGCAUGCAGAUUUGUUUCUGCACAAGUAGUGCACAACUGCAUACAUUAUCGAUUGCAGCAUACGUCGCGCAAUGCUCACUCGAUUCUCACGUUAUUGGUCACGUUAUCAUAAGUCACCCAAUACUAACUAGAAUAUUGCGUUCUUCGGUUUCAUUU